AAAGAAAAAGGCACGCAAACAGAGGGAGUGGAGGGAGAAGAGGGGAGUGUCAGUAUUUUCACACUCGAAAACUAAGGCACUGUUCUUCAUCUUCUUCCUCCUUCGCCCCCACCACCAUCGCUCCAUAUUCUAUAAUCUCAAUCGCUUUAAACAGCCUAGGGUUUCGCUGUUCUUGUUUGGAUCCGAGAAAUGGAAGUCGACGAAGAGUACCGAAGAAAAGAGCAACUCGUUCUUGUGGCAAUUGUUGUACUCGCUUCCCUGGCUCUCGUUUCUUUGCUCGUCGCUUUCAGCUAUUACUGCUAUAUCAGCAAUAAGGUCUCUAAACGCCUCAAAAUCCGCAAAAUUAAGCAGCUAUAUCUUCAAUCAAAAGAUCAGAGAUUCGGUUUUUCGUCCUCAUCUCUAAGUGAGAUAUUAAACUCAGGGGAUGAUCUUGAGAAGGGAGGUAGUUUUGACAAUGUUAAAGAAUUUUCCACCGAGAAAGGCCUCCAAGUGUUCACCUUCAAGCAGCUAUACUCAGCUACCUGUGGCUUUAGCAAGUCAAAUGUGGUCGGGCACGGUAGCUUUGGAUAUGUAUACCGAGGAGUUCUCAACGAUGGGAGAAAGGUUGCGAUUAAGCUUAUGGAUCAAGCGGGGAAGCAGGGAGAGGAUGAAUUUAAAGUGGAGGUGGAAUUGUUAAGUCGACUUCAUUCGCCAUAUUUGUUGGCCUUGAUCGGGUAUUGCUCUAAUAGCAAUCAUAAAUUGCUGGUGUACGAGUUCAUGGCUAAUGGCGGUCUGCAAGAACAUCUGUAUCCUGUUAGCAGUUCAAAUUCAAUCAGCGUUAAGUUGGACUGGGAAACGCGGUUGCGAGUUGCGCUUGAAGCUGCCAAAGGUUUGGAGUAUUUACAUGAACAUGUAAGCCCCCCAGUAAUUCAUAGGGAUUUCAAGAGCAGCAAUGUUCUGUUGGACAAAAAUCUUCAUGCCAAGGUUUCUGAUUUUGGAUUGGCAAAGAUCGGUUCAGACAAAGUCGGGGGACACGUAUCCACUCGAGUACUGGGGACACAAGGAUAUGUUGCGCCUGAGUAUGCGCUAACAGGGCAUUUGACAACAAAGUCAGAUGUCUAUAGUUAUGGGGUUGUCCUCUUGGAGCUGCUUACAGGCAGAGUUCCAGUUGAUAUGAAGAGAACUCCUGGGGAAGCUUCCCUUGUUUCUUGGGCUUUGCCGAGGCUGACUGAUAGGGAGAAAGUGAUGCAUAUAAUGGACCCUGCAUUGGAGGGUCAAUACUCCAUGAAGGAUGUUGUUCAAGUUGCAGCCAUAGCCGCAAUGUGUGUUCAACCAGAGGCAGAUUACAGGCCGCUGAUGGCCGAUGUUGUCCAGUCACUGGUUCCACUGGUGAGAAAUUACAGGACAGCUUCAAAGAUCGGUAGCGGUUCUAGUUCCAGCGCUACCAAGUCGCCUGUGGCGCACGACAAGGCUAGUUCGGAAGACUGAAUGAAAGAACAGGUUGUCUCUCGACGAUUGCUUCUCGUUAGCUAACAUAGAUUUUAGACUCGUUUGUGUUGCUGUAAGAAAUUCAUAUUCAUAUGCUAACUGUUUAUUGUCUCGGUUACCGACUGCGUCGGUGACUCUCGUGUAAGAAUUUGAAUUCAUAGGAUGUGCCAUUGAUUCUCCCGUCUCGUAGUAUUUGUGAUGUAAUUAACGUUUUGAAAGUUUGGAAAUGGUGUGUUUAGUAUA